GUCAGGCCAAACGUCAAAAAUAUUGUUCUAGAACAAACGUAAACAACAAGAGUUCCCAUUAACUGUUGCAACAGUAUUUUUGUACAAUUGUUUUAUUUUUUAUAAUAUAACCUCUAUUUGUAAAAUGUUUGGCUUAAUUAUUUCUGGAAGACUGCCCCAAACAGACUUCACACCAGUGGAUGAAAACAAACUGCUGAUUAAUGUACCAGACAUAGACCAUGUAAAUUAUAUUGUGGUGUUCCUAACCGGAGUACAACCCCUGCCCGAUGGUAUGUCGGCGGCAGUGUAUUUCUCGUGGCCAGAUGCAUCAGCAGCACCAACAUGGCAGUAUCUGGGACACAUUUCAAACAGUAAACCCUCAGCUAUUUUCAAAAUCUCACAACUGAAAAAGUCACACGAGUUAGAGGCUCAGGAGAAUGCUAUGCAAUUUGGUGCUCAGGAAAUCUCACAUACUGCACAAAUUGGUAUAUCUGUGGAACCAGAAAUGACCAUAACACAAUUAACACCCGCAGUGUCAAAUGCCAAUGCCAACCUCCAAUUCAGUCAAAAGAUGUUAGAAAAUUUCUUUAAUUAUGCCUCCAGCUUCAGUGUUACACCACAUGAAUUACCUCCAAUGAGCAAUCAACCAAUGGUACCAUUAUCCACACUACAAAAUUGGUACACAAAUUUCCAGAGACGCAUGGAACAAAAUCCAAAUUUUUGGAAAUAUUAAAA